CAUCCGGAAGGACGUUGGUAUUAAGGGAGAAAAUAGCUGCCAUGUCUUCCAGUGCUUUGGCGAAACCUCAGAUGCGUGGCCUUCUGGCCAAGCGUCUGCGAUUUCAUAUUGUUGGAGCAGUCCUUGUUUCUCUGGGGGUUGCAGCUUUCUAUAAGUUUGCUGUGGCUGAACCAAGGAAGAAGGCAUAUGCAGAUUUCUACAGAAAUUAUGAUUCCAUGAAAGAUUUUGAGGAGAUGAGGAAGGCUGGUAUCUUUCAGAGUGCAAAGUGAUUUCGGAGUGUAAAGAAUUUCUUUGACUUCCAUGGAAGUUUGUCGCUGACCUGUG